AUGCAACUUAAACUCACCAUACUUGCUCUUGCCUCCUCUGUCUUUGCGUCAGUCUUGCACGCACGCUCUGAGACUGGAAUCGCCUACUAUGGGUUCCAAAACAGUACUAUGACUGCGUGCGGCAUCUACGCCAAUGAUACGGACUUUGUCAUUGGUUUGAGCACAGACUACGUGAACUGGGAGAACAGGGAAAACUGCUUCAGAAAUGUCACUGUUUCUCUGACGGACGAUCCUUCGACGUCUGUCGAGGUUAUGACUGGUGAUUCGGCCAAUGUGUAUCUCUCUGUCGCUGCGUUCCAAGCUUUGGGAGAAUUGGAAGUCGGCAGAUUGAAUGUUACCUGGGACUAUAUCGACUGA